GGCUCCUGCUCACCGCCCAAAUGGGGGCGGUUGCCGGUUUUUCUAAUAACAAAAAUUAUACACGACCAGGCGACUGAUAUUCCCCCUUUUCCUGCCGCCGUCGCUCGGAAUAGAAACCGUAUUUUGAUUUGCGUCAUUCUGUAAUGAAGGAUACUCUCUGAGAUCAUGAUAGGCAUAAUAGCUAGACAAGGAAAAACGAGGAAAGAGAAAGCAAAGCUGAACCAGCCACCACCGCGUUUUUGUUAUGGAGCAGUGGCGUAGGGAAUGUGAAUGACAUGGAAAAGGCAUAUAAUGUCUCUUCUCCACCGGGUUUCUGUGUUGAUGUGAACGAAAAGGGGACCAGCGGGACAUAUGUUACCCAGCCGCUGUCUCAAGGUACCGCCGAAGCGGCAGCUCGUAUCUCUAAACAUGUCAGCAGGGAUGAAACUGGUUGCAGUGACAGCAGGGAGUCGGGUGAAGCAGGAGAGGAUAUUGGCCGUUCCACGGUUUUAGUUACUGACAGUCCAUCCGGUGGCACUGUAAGCAAUUGUGUUAUUCCUGAGCCAGGUUGUGACUCAGCUACAAACGGGUUUACUGGGUCAACAAUGGUAGGCGCCAAGGCAGGGAACUCCUCUGCUAUCGCUGCAGUGAAUCGAGAGGAAAUGGACGGGAAUGCUCUCCAGGGGAUUUCACUGGCAGAGAAGAACAAGGAAUCCUCUGCAGAAGAAGUAAAUGCCUGUUAUCCACCAUUGAACUUUGUGACAGCAGCUGAGACUGUAGAGUCAUUGACACACUCCUGCAAUGGACAGCUUGAACUGAGCUGCACAGCUGCCUCCCGGACUGUUCCAGAGGGGCUCUCGAAUUGGGACACAGACAGUGUUAUUCAGAGCACCCUCAGCAGUGAUGCUGUUAUUAGGCCACCGAUUAACUGGAGUAUGACCCCUGACAAGGAGGCCAAAAUGGCAAAUGGUGGAUUAUUUAUAGGACACAGCAGCGCCAAGUUACACACAGAGACAGUUGUAACAAUUAUUUUGGAUGGAGCUGCAACAUGCCUCUCUAACACACAGUGUGAAAAACCCUCCUCAAUUGCAAUGAGUGCAAGGGAGGGACAUCACGAAUCCUGCAAUAUCAGAGUGGAACCUGACGGAGCCGGGGCCCAGCCUAGGACACAAGCUAACGUAGCAGGAGAUUUAUCUGGUGGUGCUACAUCAAAUCUCACCUCUCAGGGUUUACCAUCAAGCCCAGCACCAACGAAAGACCCCUGUAGGGUCAGUGCUAAACCAGGCACCAUUCAGGGAGAGGAACCUUCAGCAUCUGGUCACCUAGGAGAUGAUCUUUCUUCCAGACCCCAUCCUCAGGCCCUCAGGACCAGGACUGUGCCCAACAGUCUGAGCUAUGACUCCUCCACCAUUCUCAGUCCAGGGGAUGAGGAUGGGGAGACCUUCGUGGAGCUGGGGGCCCAGGGCCACAGUGACCUCAGAUUCAUGGACGUCAGUCUGAGCUCCAGGAACACCUUUGAGUCCAGCAGACGUCUGUCUGCCCCAGGGGAUAUACCAGAGGGCCUGAGUGUCAUCUCGGAAGACCCCUCAGAACUGGCUUUACAGUCCAAAAGACCCGGCAUCGCUGAGUAUUUUGGCAGGAGUUUAUUUCCCAAGAAGCAGAGAGAGCCGAAGGGUCCGUCUCAGAAUGUCCCUGGUUGGAAGCUGUUUGGGAAAGUCCCCGCUAGAGAGAGCGCUCCCAAGGACUCCAGGACCAUACAGCAGGAGUUUGAGGCCAGGGUGGGCAAGGCUGGGCCUGGGGGAACGUCAGCUGGGACGUCCCCUACUCAGCCUCAACAGGGCCGGAGGAAGAACCUGGAGUUUGAGCCACUGUCCACGACAGCUCUUAUACUGGAGGACAGGCCUGCGAACCUUCCUGCCAAGUCUGUGGAGGAGGCCCAGCGUCACCGCCAGGAAUAUGACGAGAUGGUGGCUGAGGCCAAGAAGAGAGAAUUGAAGGAGGCCCAGAGGAAGAGGAAAGAGAUGAAGGAGAGGUUUAAGCUGGAGGAAAGCAUCGCCAACGCCAUGGUGGUCUGGAACAACGACAUCCUGCCCAACUGGGAAAACACGCGUAACACUCGACGGGUGAGAGAGCUCUGGUGGCAGGGCUUGCCCCCCAACGUCAGAGGAAAGGUCUGGAGCCUGGCCAUAGGCAACGAGCUCAACAUCACCCCAGAGCUGUACGAAAUAUUCCUCUCCAGAGCAAAGGAGAGAUGGAGGAGUUUCAGUGAGACGGGUUCAGAAACAGAGGCUGACGAUGGGGCAUCGCUGGCAGACAGAGAGUCCAGUCUGGACCUGAUCAAGCUGGACAUAUCCCGCACAUUCCCUCCUCUUUUUAUCUUCCAGAAGGGUGGGCCAUAUCAUGAUCUCCUCCACAGUGUGCUGGGGGCCUACACCUGUUACAGACCUGACGUGGGAUAUGUCCAGGGCAUGUCCUUUAUAGCUGCAGUGUUGAUCCUCAACCUGGAGGAAGCUGAUGCCUUCAUCGCAUUCGCCAACCUGCUCAACAAACCCUGUCAGCUGGCCUUUUUCAGAGUGGACCAUGAUCUGAUGCUGAAAUACUUUGCUGCAUUCGAGGUGUUCUUUGAAGAGAACCUCCCAAGACUAUUUAACCACUUCCAGAGCUCCAACCUCACCCCAGAUCUCUAUCUCAUAGACUGGAUCUUCACUCUGUACAGUAAGUCGUUGCCAUUGGACGUGGCGUGUCGCGUGUGGGACGUAUUCUGUCGUGACGGCGAGGAGUUCCUGUUCCGGACGGGUCUGGGGAUCCUGCGUCUGUACGAGGACGUGCUCCUACAGAUGGAUUUCAUCCGCAGCGCCCAGUUUCUGACACGCCUCCCUGAGGAUAUAGGCUCUGAUAGGCUGUUCGCCUGCAUUGCGGCCGCGCCCAUGCUCAACGGAAACAAGAAAUGGUCCCAGGUAUUUCAUGCAUUGAUAAAGGACAACAAGGACAUGGACAGGAAUUGCAACCCAGCACUUAAGAGUUUAUGAUUCAGCAGGGGAACAUUUGAAUGAUCAUGUUCCUCUCUUUAAUUGAGAGGCUUUGAUCACCUGAGAUUGAUCAUGGAAAAUGGACCUUAAAGAAUUUCAUACUUGAAGAUGGAGGCCUUGAACGCCAUUGGCAGUUUUAUUGAAUUUAGAGUAUUUAUGGUAGUAUAUCAUGGAUAUACAGUACCAGUCAAAAGU